CGUCUUCUUCCCUUCAGUUUCAAGGAGAGCAAUCGAAGUAGAUGGACACAGUCAGUGGAUAUGGAAUAAACUCCCCCUCCUCAGUCCUCAGCGAUCACACAACAACGCUUCAUCUCUUUUUUCUAUUAAAAAAAAUUAAAUCAAAUUAGAUCAUAUCCCCGACCCUUUGAAUAUAUCUCCUCCUCCUAUUUAAGGCGCCCUUUCUUCCAGAAUUCUUUCAUCAAUCAACAAUCCCACAGAAACCCUAAUUAAUAAUAUUAGUCCUCCUGUCAGUUGAUACAGAUUAUUCAUAUAUAUACAUCGAUGGCGUCGGGGGACAAUGGUGCCGGGAACAGGAAGGCCUGCGUGGUCGGGGGGACUGGGUUCGUGGCGUCGCUGCUCGUCAAGCUGCUGCUCGAGAAGGGCUACUCCGUAAACACCACCGUGAGAGACCCAGAGAACCAGAAGAAAGUGGCUCACCUUGCCGAAUUACAGAGCCUCGGCGACUUGAAAAUUUUCCGGGCAGAUCUAACCGACGAGGACAGCUUUGAUGCUCCUAUUGCGGGCUGUGAAUUCGUCUUCCAUGUCGCGACCCCAGUCAACUUCGCUUCACAAGAUCCAGAGAAUGACAUGAUCAAGCCUGCAAUCCAAGGAGUCGUGAAUGUCCUAAAGGCCUGCGCGAAGGCGAAGACUGUCAAACGAGUGGUUUUAACGUCGUCAGCAGCAGCUGUGUCGAUCAAUACGCUUCAGGGGACAGGUUUAGAGAUGGAUGAGAAGAACUGGACCGAUAUCGAGUUCUUGACUUCCGAGAAGCCCCCAACUUGGGGGUAUCCAGCUUCCAAGACACUCGCUGAGAAGGCGGCUUGGAAGUUCGCGGAGGAGAACAACCUCGAUCUCAUCACUGUUGUCCCAACUCUCAUGGCAGGUCGAUCCCUCACUCUCGACGUCCCCAGCAGCGUCUGCCUUGCCAUGUCUCUGCUUACAGGGAAUGAAUUCCUGAUAAACGGUCUGAAGGGAAUGCAGAUGCUGUCAGGAUCGAUCUCAAUAACACACGUUGAGGAUGUCUGUCGGGCACACAUCUUUGUGGCUGAGAAAGAAUCUGCUUCAGGUCGGUACAUCUGCUGUGCUACCAACACCAGUGUUCCCGAGCUUGCGAAGUUCCUCAGCAAAAGAUACCCACAGUACAAAGUCCCGGCAGACAGGUUUGGAGAAUUCCCCGCAAAGCCCAAGCUUGUAUUAUCGUCGAAGAAGCUAACCAAAGAAGGAUUCAGCUUCAAGUACAGUAUAGAGGACAUCUACGAUCAGUCUGUGGAAUACUUUAAGGAGAAAGGGCUGCUUCUCGACUGAAGCGUUGCUUUAACUUCGGGUUCGGCAGUUACUAGCUAAUGGCUUGUGGGAGGUCUCAAGUCUGGUUCUUGCUCACUGUCUUGUGAGUAGCAUUUCGUUCGAAAUCAUAAAUUAUGUAGCUGGCCUAACGUACGCUCCUUUGAGCGGAAAUGAAGGGAGUGGUACUGUUUUAAGAUGUUAAGGUCUAUGUUAUCUCUGAGAUGUUUGGUCAGAGGAAUGAAGAGAUCAAUAAUUCAUGUUUAGAA